CCGUGCGGACAAAUCCUGCAGCCAAAGCAUCAGAGUUUGGAUGGAAAUCAAUGCCAAAUAUAACACUUCUGCUGUGGACAAUUUCCAGGAAAGUAAACAGAAAUCGUCGGAAAUCGGUGAUUUUCCUAGUUUGCUGGUACACGAAAGGGCUGUGUCGUGUCCUAACAUGGCCCUGCUGAAAAAUUCCGCAGCUGAAGUACUAGAGACCGGGUGCAAGUCUACGCCGAAUAUUAUACUGCCGGUUAAUUCAAUUGUCGACGAUAUCCGGGAAAAUGGACAGAAACCUUCGGAAAACCGCGAUUUCCAUGGUCUGCCGGUGAACUGUAAGAAAUCUGUGUCAUUUCCCAAUAUGGCAGUAGGUGCAAAUUCCAGUGGCGAUGCACCCGAAAUUGGAUUGCCGCGGUUAGUUACUUCCGCGGAGUUGCCUGCAGUUACCAUCGAUUCACCGUGUACCGGAUCGUCCAUUAGCACAUUGAUGACACUAGAUGCCCCCGUAGAAGAUAGCGGGAUCAAGACGUCGUUAUCUGUAGUAUCGUCGUCUUUGCUACGGUUACAAAAAAUAGAAGCCGACAUGCAGCUUAUAGUAACGGAUACGGUAACCUGCGUUGGCCGUAGUGAUGAGGGGACGGUAACCGCAGUCACACCUAGACGUCCGCGCCGUUUAGUGUGGAGCCGGACUAAGAAAUUUGUGAGGCGAAUGUUCUGUUGUGGUGCGAUGGACCACGCAGAUGUAUAGAUGAGUUUAUAUGGUUAUAUUACGAUUAUCUGGGCUCCGGAUCUUAGACGUCCCCUCCCCCACGGUUAAAGAGCUUGUGUCGACGCGUUCGUAGCGAGUACGCAACGCACUUUUUUCUAGUACCUAAUAAGUCGCACCUUUUCACUAUUUUGUAUCCGGCCGGACACGUGCUGUGUUCACCGGACGCCCGAACAAACCGCCUGAAUUCGUUUACGUCCGCCAUGUCGAGUGUUUGUACCGAGUUAGGGCAGGUUUGCCGAGUGCGGUAUUUAAUUAUUUGCUGUGCGGCUGCCGGCUAUUCGCCAUGAGUUUUGUUUUCCACGUCACGCUCGUCUGCAUAAAAUUCACUUUGCUUUUUGGUCGUAAUGAUGUAUCCGACCAAUAAUCCGACCAUUCACAAAAUAGUGAAAUGUUUAAUUAAACUUAUUACUACAAAAAAGUGCGGUGCAAACUUGCUACGAACGCGGACGACACGAGAGGGGGGGAGGGGACAUCUAAAACCCGGUGUCUAAAUAAUCAUAAUAAAAUAGCCAUAUAAACUGUAUCACUCCGUCCCGAUCGUUGGUUUCAUAGAUCCGCUGUGGUGAUCACUGAUGUAUAUUAGCGGUUACUGCUGCCCUCGGCUAGCACAUUUUUCACCUAUAAGUUAUAUAUUAUAUAUAUAUAAUGAAAUGAGUUGAAGUUGGUGUAAUCUAAUUUUAACCCCAAACAGGGGGAA